AUGAUCCUUCUUGACCUCGCACGCAGUCCGAGCUCGCAAGCCUUCGGUUCGAGCGGCCCAGAAGAGAAGGAGUACUUGUCGAUGCUGAAGCAGGAGAUCCGAACUGCAGCAAAGAAGGCGGCGGAGUAUCAGAAGGCAGUGGAGACUGACAAGUUAAUGAGCGACUCUUCGUUGCUGCUGCGGAGGCCAUUGACGCCGGGAAGUUUGAACAGGCCGGGCUCUCCUGCAAACCUUCCCAGUUCCACGAAUUUCGCCGAUAUUGAGAUGACGAUUGAGAGGACCAUCAAAGGGAAGAAUUUUGAGGCCUCCAAGACGGCGCUUCUAGAACUGCUCAUGUCAGUCUUGGAAGAAGCUCAGCGGUUCACCCUCAUGCUCACGGACAAGAGGGCUCCUGGCAGUCUGUCGACUCCUGCUCCUUCCUCUCACCCAGGGAGAAUGGGAAGUCGUCUUCCUGUCUGUGAAGCGAUGAUGGAGAGGGCGCUGCAGCUUCACGGUGCCCUAAAGCCGCCCGACGCCGAGAGUGUCGGGAUCGCGCAGAAGAGGGAGGAGAGGAAGGAAGGGGAGGAGAGGAAGGAAGAGAAGGGAGUCUCGGUGAACCAUCUAGUUGCCCUUAUUGAGCCCAUUGGGAGCUUGUGGGAGAGGAUCAACAGUAGGGAGAUGUCGACAGAAUUCUUGGAGCAAAAGAAAUUCGCGAUCCAACGGGCUGCACAGCAGCUCAAGGGAGGGAUGCGGAGCUCGGAAGAAGCAGCGCUGCAGAAGGUUCUCGAUAAGUUGCUUGCCUGCUGUAAGAUGGGGGAUGAAGGAUCGAAGGAUGUUCAGAAGCAGGAGGAGGAGGUCAAGAGGCUCAAGGGGGAUCUAGAGAAGAGCUUGAGGGCGAGCGAAGAGCUGAAGAGCAAGUCGGAGAAGUCUAUGGAGUCGCUGAGGAAGCAGCUGGAAGAGGAGGAGAGGAAGAGCGCGGACUUGAGAAAGAAGGUUGAAAGUCUCAGCUCAAGGAAGACGGAGGAAGUUGUACAACCUGCAACCACAUCCUCCUCCUCCUCCUCCUCCUCCUCCUCCUCCUCAAAUCGUCAGGCGUCGUUCGAGGCGGAGAAUUCGGAGCUGAAGAAGGAGAUCGAGGCUCUCAAGGGUCAGCUGUCGAAGGCUCAAGCCGAGAGCAGGAGGAAGGAAGCUGCAGCUGCUUCGUCGGGUGGAGGAGAGGCACAGAGCUUGCGGCAGGAGCUGUUAACCCUGAAAGGGGAGAUGGGGAUGGUUCGAACGCAGAUGGAGAAGACACGGCAGGAGCAGGUCGCGUCGGAUGUGAGGCUGCGAGCUGAGAGGGAGAAGGUAGACGAUCUCAACAAGGUGAUCGAAGCCAAGGAUGAGACCAUCGCUCGACUCCGCAGCGACCUGCGAGGAGUUCAGGGAUCGAGCAUCUCCCAGCCUGAGGCCGACACUUUUGAAGCUGUCUUAGCUGAAGAAAUGCAACUUAUGAGAGAAUCCUUCGAACAGAAGAUCUCCUCCCUCAAGGCACAGAUGGAGCGGGAGAGCGUGGCAUUUGCAAAGGAGAGGAAGGAGAUGAAAGAGCACUUUGAGAAGGAGAACAAGAAUCUGAGGAGGAGACUCGACGUCUUACAGAUGCAAGCAA